CAUCAUGUCAGAACCCAAUUGUUAUUUAGUCUUGCAAGACUCAACCAUUUUGCCCGGUCAAUAUUUUGGCGCUAAGGCACCUGUUGACGGUGAAGUUGUAUUUCAAACUGGUAUGGUUGGUUAUCCCGAAUCGAUGACCGAUCGUUCAUAUCGUGCACAAAUAUUGGUACUCACCUAUCCCCUGAUUGGUAACUACGGUGUGCCCGAUUUUAAUGAAAAAGAUGAGCAUGGCUUGCCGAAACAUUUCGAAUGGCUCGAGGGCAUUUCCAUCGCGGCCUUAGUUGUGGGUGAGGUGUGUGAACAACCUUCACAUUGGCGUGCCAAAGAAACUCUUUCCAAAUGGAUGGAAUCUCAUGGUGUACCCGGUAUAAGUGGCAUCGAUACCCGAGCCUUGACAAAGAAAAUACGUGAAAAUGGUUCCAUUUUGGGUCGUAUUGUCUAUGAAUAUCCGGAAAAUAUUAAAGAAUUGCAAUUUGCCGAUCCAAAUAGUCGUAAUUUGGUUGCCGAGUGUUCAGUGAAGCAGCCAAUGAUCUUCAAUGAGGGCGGUUCACCACGCAUCUGUGCCAUUGAUUGUGGUUUGAAAUUGAAUCAAAUUAAAUGUUUUGUAUCGCGUGGUGCCCGUGUCGAAUUGGUACCAUGGAAUCAUAAUUUGGAUGAAUCCACUUUUGAUGGUUUAUUCAUUUCCAAUGGUCCUGGUGAUCCGGUGGUGUGCAAAGACACCGUGGUGCAGGUUCAGAAAAUUUUGAAAUCUGGUAAGAAACCCAUAUUUGGUAUCUGUUUGGGUCAUCAAUUGCUAUCGACGGCCAUUGGGUGUAAGACCUAUAAAAUGAAAUAUGGCAAUCGUGGUCACAACUUGCCAUGUAUACAUCAUGGUACUGGGCGGUGUUUUAUGACCUCACAGAAUCAUGGUUUUGCUGUUGACACGGAAACGUUGCCGGCCGAGUGGGAGCCAUUGUUUACCAAUGCCAAUGACAAUACAAAUGAGGGUAUUAUCCACAAGGACAAACCCUAUUUCUCGGUACAAUUCCAUCCGGAGCACACCGCCGGUCCUGAAGAUUUGGAAUUGUUGUUCGAUGUCUUCCUGGAUGCCAUCAAGACACCGGCAAAUACCGUUAGCCUACGCCAACAAUUAAUACAACGUCUUAUGUAUACGCCUAAACCAGAAUCCUUGUUGGAGAAGAGACCCCGCAAAGUAUUGAUUUUGGGUUCCGGUGGUUUAUCCAUUGGCCAGGCUGGUGAAUUUGAUUAUUCCGGUUCCCAGGCCAUUAAGGCAAUGAAAGAGGAGAAAAUCCAAACAGUCUUGAUUAAUCCCAAUAUUGCGACGGUGCAAACCUCCAAAGGUUUGGCUGACAAAUGUUAUUUCCUUCCUUUGACACCUGAAUAUGUUGAAGAUGUCAUCAAGGCCGAGCGUCCCAAUGGGGUGCUAUUGACAUUUGGUGGUCAAACUGCCUUAAAUUGUGGUGUGGAGCUGGAACGGUCUGGUGUCUUUGCCAAAUAUAAUGUUAAGAUUUUGGGUACUCCCAUUAAAUCGAUUAUUGAAACAGAGGAUCGUAAAAUCUUUGCCGAACGGGUAAAUGAAAUUGGUGAAAAGGUGGCACCCUCAGAGGCUGUUUACUCCGUAGAGGAGGCUCUUAUGGCUGCCAAACGUAUUGGUUAUCCAGUAAUGGCUCGUGCCGCCUUCUCUUUGGGUGGUUUGGGUUCUGGAUUUGCUGACAACGAAGAAGAAUUAGAAACCUUGGCCAAGCAUGCCUUGGCCCAUUCCAGCCAGCUGAUUAUUGACAAAUCCCUAAAGGGUUGGAAGGAGGUGGAAUAUGAAGUGGUGCGUGAUGCCUUUGACAAUUGCAUUACUGUGUGUAAUAUGGAAAAUUUGGAUCCUUUGGGUAUUCACACCGGUGAGAGUAUUGUGGUGGCUCCAUCGCAAACUUUGAACAACAAGGAAUAUAAUAUGCUGAGAAGUACAGCCUUGAAAGUGAUAAGACAUUUUGGUGUGGUCGGUGAAUGUAACAUACAAUAUGCAUUGAAUCCUUAUUCGGAGGAAUACUACAUUAUUGAAGUGAAUGCCCGCUUGUCGCGUAGUUCCGCCUUGGCCAGCAAGGCCACCGGCUAUCCUUUGGCUUAUGUGGCUGCCAAGUUGUCAUUGGGUGUUGCAUUGCCUUCGAUUAAAAACUCCGUAACCGGUGUAACCACUGCCUGCUUUGAACCUUCUUUGGAUUAUUGUGUGGUGAAAAUUCCACGCUGGGAUUUGGCCAAAUUCAUUAGGGUCAGCAAAAAUAUUGGCAGCUCCAUGAAAAGUGUGGGUGAAGUUAUGGCAAUUGGUCGCAAUUUCGAGGAGGCAUUCCAAAAGGCUUUACGUAUGGUGGAUAAUGCUGUGACCGGUUUUGAUCCCUAUUUGCAAAAGGUCAACAACGACGAGUUGAAGGAACCCACCGAUAAGAGGCCAUUUGUUUUGGCUGCUGCCCUAAAAGCCAAUUACACCGUAGAUGAGUUACACUCCCUAACGAAAAUCGAUCGUUGGUUUUUGAAUAAAAUGAAAAAUAUUAUUGAAUUCUAUAAGGAAAUUGAGGUGUCGGGAAGUUCGUUGAGUAACAGCCAGCUGUUGCAGGCCAAACGUAUGGGCUUUUCAGAUAAACAAUUGGCUGAAGCUAUUAAGGUUACGGAAUUGGCAAUCAGGCAACAGAGAAAGGAGGCUGGCAUUUUACCAUAUGUCAAACAAAUCGAUACAGUGGCAGGAGAAUGGCCAGCUGCCACCAAUUAUUUGUAUCUUACCUACAAUGCCUCGGAAUAUGAUAUUGAAUUCCCUGGAGGUUAUACCAUUGUGGUCGGUUCAGGUGUCUAUCGCAUUGGCUCCUCGGUGGAAUUUGAUUGGUGUGCCGUAGGUUGCCUUAGGGAAUUACGCAACUUGGGCAAAUCCACCAUUAUGAUCAAUUAUAAUCCCGAAACCGUAUCCACCGAUUAUGAUAUGUGUGAUCGUCUAUAUUUCGAAGAGAUAACCUUUGAAGUUGUUAUGGACAUCUAUGAAAUGGAACACUCGGAUGGUAUUAUCCUAUCCAUGGGUGGUCAAUUACCCAACAAUAUUGCCAUGGAUUUACAUCGUCAACAAGCCAAGGUCUUGGGUACCUCUCCGGAAUCUAUUGAUUCUGCUGAAAAUCGUUUCAAAUUCUCUCGUAUGUUAGAUCGCAAAGGCAUUUUGCAGCCACGUUGGAAGGAGUUAAUCAACCAUGAAAGUGCCAUACAAUUUUGUCACGAAGUUGGUUAUCCAUGUUUGGUGAGACCUUCAUAUGUGUUGUCCGGCGCUGCCAUGAAUGUAGCCUAUUCCGAUCAAGAUCUAAUGACAUAUUUAACAGCUGCCUCACAAGUUAGCAAAGAACACCCUGUGGUCAUCUCCAAAUUCUUACAAGAAGCUAAGGAAAUCGAUGUGGAUGCCGUUGCUGCUGAUGGUGAAAUUUUAUGUAUGGCCGUUUCCGAGCAUGUGGAGAAUGCCGGUGUUCAUUCAGGAGAUGCCACAUUGGUAACACCACCACAAGAUUUAAAUGCAGAAACAUUGGAAAAUAUUAAACGUAUUACAAGUGAUGUGGCGGGAUUGUUGGAUGUGACGGGUCCCUUUAAUAUGCAAAUUAUUGCUAAGAACAACGAACUGAAGGUUAUUGAAUGUAAUGUCCGUGUAUCACGUUCCUUCCCAUUUGUGUCGAAAACUUUGAAUCAUGAUUUUGUGGCCACUGCAACGAGGGCUAUUGUUGGCCUUCCCGUCGAACCUGUCGAUGUUUUACAUGGUGUCGGCAAGGUUGGUGUCAAGGUACCACAAUUCAGUUUUUCACGUUUGGCUGGUGCUGAUGUCCAAUUGGGUGUUGAAAUGUCUUCGACGGGAGAGGUUGCUUGUUUCGGUGAUAAUCGUUAUGAGGCCUAUUUGAAGGGUAUGAUGUCAACGGGUUUCCAAAUUCCCAAGAAGGCUAUUUUACUAUCUAUUGGAAGUUUCAAGCACAAAAUGGAACUAUUGCCCUCAAUUAGAGAUUUGGCCAAGAUGGGUUACAAAUUAUAUGCUUCCAUGGGUACUGGUGAUUUCUAUGUGGAACAUGGUGUUAAUGUUGAAUGUGUCCAAUGGACUUUCGAUAAAAAUGUAACCGAUGAUCUAAAUGGCGAACUGAUGCAUUUGGCUGAAUUCUUGUCGCAGAAACAAUUUGAUAUGAUUAUCAAUUUGCCCAUGCGGGGAGGUGGAGCUAGAAGAGUAUCGAGUUUCAUGACUCACGGCUAUCGUACCCGCCGUUUGGCUGUAGACUAUUCAAUUCCACUGGUAACAGAUGUGAAAUGUACUAAACUUUUGGUAGAAUCUAUGCGUGUGACGGGACGCAAGCCGGCCAUGAAGACACACACAGAUUGUAUGACUUCGAGACGUAUGGUAACCUUGCCCGGUUUCAUUGAUGUCCAUACCCAUUUGAGGGAACCUGGCGCCACACACAAGGAAGAUUUUGCAAGUGGUACAGCAGCUGCGCUAGCUGGUGGUGUCACUAUGGUCUGCGCCAUGCCCAAUACCAACCCCUCCGUGGUGGAUCGCAAUACCUUUACACUUUUCCAAGAAUUGGCCAAGGCUGGAGCACGUUGUGAUUAUGCCCUGUUUGUGGGAGCUUCGGAUAGCAACUGGCAACAUGUCAAUGAAUUGGCUGCCCAGGCGGCCGGUUUGAAAAUGUAUUUGAAUGAUACCUUCAGUACGCUGAAAAUGACCGAUAUGACCAUUUGGGAGAAACAUAUGCAAAAUUGGCCAAAGCGGGCACCUAUUGUGUGUCAUGCCGAAAAACAGACCAUGGCGGCGGUUAUUUUGAUGGCACACCUCAUGGAUCGUUCGGUUCACAUUUGCCAUUUGGCACGUAAAGAAGAGAUGAUGAUUGUUCGUGCUGCCAAGGAGAAGGGUAUGAGGGUUACAUGUGAGGUGUGUCCCCACCAUCUGUUCCUGUCCACCAAGGAUAUCAAUUCAAUUGGCUCUGGACGGGCUGAAGUAAGACCGGUUCUGUGUUCCCCCGAAGAUCAAAAAGCAUUGUGGGAUAAUAUGGAAUAUAUCGAUGUCUUCGCCACCGAUCACGCUCCCCACACAUGGGAGGAAAAGAAUUCCGAAAAACCACCACCAGGUUUCCCUGGUUUGGAAACCAUCUUACCUCUUCUAUUGCAGGCAGUGGAUGAGGGUCGUUUAACCCUGGAUGAUAUUAAGAAUAAAUUCUAUCGUAACCCGAAGAGAAUUUUCAGUUUGCCGGAGCAGCCAAAUACCUAUGUAGAGGUGGAUCUGGAUGAGGAAUGGGUGAUAUCCAAGGAUUGUAUGCAUUCAAAGGCCAAGUGGACUCCCUUCCAGGGUAUGAAAGUAAAGGGUAAGGUACAUCGUGUGGUCUUACGCGGUGAGGUGGCCUUCAUUGAUGGUGAGGUUUUGGUCCAACCUGGCUUCGGACAAAAUGUACGCAGUCAAUAUAAUUUGAAACCAAUGGAUGCCUUGGAAAUCAAGACAUCGUAUGAUAAUUUGGAUACCAUCAAAGUUUUGGAUCGCAGUGCUGAAUUUGUAUCCGAUUCGCAGACAAAUGAAGCCUUCACAAAACUACUAUCGGAGACCCCAUCAAAGGUACAUUUCUCUGGCGAUCCUAGUUUCUUGCGUCCCAUUUCACCAUUGCCACGUGUGCGUUGUGAUUCAGCUAGUAAUGCCACUCUGAAGGAGUUGAUACAAAGAACUUCGUCUGCAAGUGCUCCCAUUUCGCCGGUGGCACCCACACUACUCGGACGUCAUGUCCUCUCUGUGGAUAUGUUUAGCAAGGAACAGUUGAAUGAUAUUUUCAAUUUGGCUCAAAUGUUAAAGAGUCGUGUGGUCAAGGAUCGUCCCGUUGACGAUUUGCUGAAAGGUAAAAUUAUGGCUUCUGUUUUCUAUGAGGUUAGUACCCGCACCUCAUGCAGUUUUGCUGCUGCUAUGCAACGUUUGGGUGGUCGUGUCAUCUAUAUGGAUCAGACAAGUUCCUCGGUGAAAAAGGGUGAAACGUUGGAGGAUAGUAUUGCCGUUAUGGCUGGUUAUUCAGACGUUGUGGUCCUUCGGCAUCCAGAACCAGGUGCAGUGGCGCGUGCCGCCCAACAUUCCCGCAAACCUUUGAUCAAUGCCGGUGAUGGUGUUGGCGAACAUCCCACCCAGGCUUUGUUGGAUAUUUUUACAAUCCGUGAGGAAAUUGGUACUGUUAACGGUCUCACCAUUACCAUGGUUGGUGAUUUGAAACAUGGCCGCACUGUGCAUUCCUUGGCUCGCCUAUUGACCUUGUAUAAUGUCACCAUACAAUAUGUCAGUCCAGAUAAUUUGGGUAUGCCCGAUCACAUCGUCCGUUAUCUAAAUUCGAAGGGUAUUAGCCAGAAAACUAUGCAAAGUUUGGAAGAAGCACUACCCACCACCGAUGUUUUGUAUAUGACACGCAUUCAGAAAGAACGUUUCGCCAGCGACGAGGAAUAUGAAAUGUGCUGCGGCAAAUUCAUUGUCACACCCAAACUAAUGACCCGUGCCAGUCGCCGUACCAUUGUUAUGCAUCCGCUGCCCAGAGUUUUUGAAAUUAGCAAAGAUUUCGAUUCGGAUCCUAGAGCUGCAUAUUUCCGUCAAGCUGAAUAUGGAAUGUAUAUUCGUAUGGCGCUGUUGGCCAUGGUUUGUGGUUGUCGUAAUUGAUAUGAAAAAC